AUGAAUCCAAUCGAAGGUAGUUGUUGCCAUGCAACGACUUCAACAACAUCAUCAAGAGAGAACAAACCCAUCAAGAAUGUAGUAUCAUUUCAAAAUUCUCAACAACACUCGAGUCACAUCAAGCUUUCAUCACUUCAUCAAGACUCCUUAGAAGAAAUUUAUUCGUGUGGUUUGCAUUCAUCGGGUCAAACGGGUCUUCAAAUUUCGACAACGACAAGUUCUUCGUCUGCACCCUCCUCAACACGAAAUUCGCAAAACUUGACCUCUUCAAGCUCCUCCUCAUCUCAUCGAUCCAGAUCAAACUAUUCAUCGAAUUAUCAUGUUCCGACAAAUUGUAGUUAUUCAUCAGCCACAAGCGCCAUGCCCAACACGUCGCCCAUGAUGAGACCUCUAAGAAUUCCACACUUGUACAAUGUCAUGUUUGAUAGCAGUGCGGAGAGUUCAUGUUGCCAAAAUGACACUGGAGCUGGUUCGAGAAUUCUCGAUUCAUCUUCCUCUUCGAAUUCUUCCACUCCUGAUUUGGAUGAAGUUUUUUCUACUCAGAAUUUAAAUGCAUCGGAGGACAUGGGUGAGUUCAAUAGUAGGGAGGAAUUGUCGAGUUCAGAAGAAGAGCAAGUCAUUGAGAAUUCAAUGAAUUCCAAACACUCUGGUUCAAAGCGACUGCAAUCUAAAUCAACCACACACUCAUCUUCGACAGCUCUCAUUAAGAGUGUUCAUUGUGGAUGGUAUCAUUCAUUGAUUUUAACCAUGUCUGGUAAAAUAUUAAGCUGUGGAGCCAAUUAUUCACAUCAAGCAGGCCAAUCAUGUACCAGUAAUGUUCAAACUUUCAAGCCCAUUCUUUCCAUUAAGCAUCCCAUUCAAAUGGCCAGUUGUGGAGGCCAUCAUUCCAUUGCUGUGACUCUUACUGGAGACGUAUACUUGUGGGGCGAAUGCCGUGAGGGACAACUUGGAGUUUCAGGUCUGGAAAAACUCUCCUCCACACCACCCACCUUUGUGGAACAUGAAAAAUUUUUCCAACCAUUGGCCUUGGAGAAGAAUGCAUUACGAAAGAAUGCCAUUGCAUCCAUGAACACGUCACCAUCGAGUGCAUCUUUAAAUGUACAUUCUCAAAGAACGAAUAGUAGCCCGUUCAAAUCAAGUCCAGUUGGAAUUCCACCCAUUGUGAAAGUUUGUUGUGGAGGUUAUCACUCGAUCAUGAUUCUUGCCGAUCAUACUGUGUGUGCAUUUGGAAAGAAUACCUAUGGACAAUGUGGAGUUUGGGAAAAAUUGGAUAUUCAAGCGUCACAAGCUUCAUUAGAUGAAUUUCGAGUACUCACUCCCACUCUCAUCAAACACUUUCUAGUUCCCAAGAAGAAUCUAAGCCAGUACAUUCAUACAGAGCUCUUGAGUAAGAGAAGCUUAUCCGAACAAGCUGCAUUCUAUCGAGAGACGACGUCCUCUCACAAUCAUUCGAAUUCGAUUCAAUAUUCUUGGCAAGACGUGGAUAUUGUGGAUUGUGCUGCUGGUGCAUGGCAUACCUUGUUACUUACAAAGCAAGGACGUGUGUUCGGUCUGGGAGACACACAAUACGGGCAAUUGGGACUCGAGAAUAGACAGGAUGACAAUUCCACAAAUCCUUCCACAUCCUCGACGCGAUAUCCUCUUCCGUUUUUAAUCUCGUCAUUGCAACAUGAAAGAAUUGCUGCCGUUUCAUGUGGAUAUUUUCACUCUGUAUUUUUAACACGAGAUGGACGUGUCUAUACCGUUGGUUGGAAUGCUUACGGUCAGUUAUUAGUUGGAAACACAAAAACUCAUCGACAAGUGACCUUAGUGAAAUCGCUGAUUGGAAUUCCCAUUGUAAAAGUGAGUUGUGGAUGGAAUCAUGGUGUAUUACUCUCGCGUGAAGGACAUUGUUACGUUGGAGGAGAAGGCAAGCAUGGACAACUCGGUUAUGAUCAUCAUGCCCUCACAGAAAAGUGUUUGAAACACCUCACCGAUUGUUAUUGCCACAAAAAUGUCGAAGAAACGUCAUGUUUGGAAAAAUCUUCUUCAAAUACUAGUAGCAGCAGCAGUAACAGUGGCUGUUCCAACUCGAAUGAAGAACAAAAUUGUUUUGUGUGUUUACCAUUGCGAGUGGGUUUCUUCCAUUCCUCUAAAAUUUUAGAUGUGGCAUGUGGAAGAGGACAUACCUUAUUUUUGAGCCGAGGACAUAUUCCAUGCUCGAAAACCAUGUUGAACGGAGAUGUGAAUGCACCUCGUCAUUAUUAUUAUUAUAGUUGUUCACAAAAUGUGUCACCUCAUGAGGUGCUGCCAUUGGGUAAGGCGUUGAAUCAUGAGGAUUUUGGAGAUGUCAUUUUGAGUGUUCGAUCGGUUGUACCAACUUUUUCACCUUCCAUUCCAAAUGUGCACCACCAGAACAAGACAGAAAAGCAACCAUCGCACUCGAAUCACCAGUAUCAUGCAAGUUCAACUCCAUAA